AUGGAAAAAGAGAGAGAGAAUCUUGAGAAACAAUUGAAGGAACGUGUCAAUGAGGUGGAUCAGUUGAAGAAGCAAGUGAACAAAUUAAAUACAGAUCGAGCAAUGUGGUUAUCAAAACAACCUCAAGAUGUCAACGCUCUUAUGGCGGAGAAACAAGAGCUCCGAAAACAAUUGGAUAGAGAGCAAAGUGAAAAACAGGAACUGUUCAUGCAGAUCAAUUCUAUGAUUGCAAAAUUGGCGGAUUCUGGAGAUCAAGAUGAGAUUAAUAAGCUGAAAUCGGAUGUUAAUUCGUUGAAAAGGGAACUGGAAGCAGAGAAAAUAGGGUCGAAUGCAGAGUUAUCGAGGCUGAAAUCGGAACUUCAGAAGGCAAAGAGUGAGAUUCAGAACUCGAUAAACGAUGGAGACAAAGAAAAAGAGUCAAUGGAACAAGAAAUUGAGAAUUUGCAAAGACAAUUGAAUAUCAAGACAGCCUCAUUACAAUCUUUGAUGCUGGCAAAGUCAGAUACAAAUAAAACUGACAAAUUGACUGAGGAAAAUGAGAGUUUGAAGUUGAAAGUUGAGGAUUUGCAGAAGCAAGUUUCCGGGUUUAUGACUCAGAUUCAGGAUAAAAAUCUGGAAAUUGCCAAGAUGAAAGAUGCUCUAUCGGUUGGUGACGUCUCUCGUCAAAAUUUGGAUUCAGUGAGUGAAAAACUUGCUGAAAUGGAUAGAACGCUGAAAGAAGAGCAACAACAGAAGUCCCAAUUGAGAAAUCAAACGGAAACUUUGAAAAAUGCAUUGUCGGCUUCUGAAGACACACUGUCCAAGUUGAAGGAUAAACUUGCAACAUUUGAAGAAAACGCAUUGGAACUUAAAAAUGAAAAUGCUCGAUUAAAAAUGUCUGAAAGAGAUGCCACACUAUUCGACAGUGGAAGAAUAAAAGAGUUACAACAGGCUUUGGGAGAUGAAAGAGACAAUAAUGCAAUUCUGAAUGUUCAGUUGAGGGAAAAAGAUGGAAAGAUUGAUAGAAUCCAAGUUGACCUACUCGCCUCUGAAUCCAGAGCUCAACAGGCUGAAGAAGAUGUGAGGGAGAUGAAAGAGAGGAUAAUGAAGGGGAAGAAAGACGAUGAUUCUAAUCAACUUCUCCAGGACGAGUUAAGGAAAACGGAGCAAAAAUAUCAAGAAGCUCAGAAGAAACUGGAGAAUUUCGAAGCAUCGAUUAGGCAACAGGAAUCUCAGAUUAAAGAGCUAAAUGUUGCAUUGAUGGAGUCAAAACAACAGUUGGAGAGGCUUGGAGAACAACGAAGUGGAGAAGAAAAUGCUGCGAAAGAGGAAAUCAAAAAACUGAGAAACCAAGUACAACAAACCGAACAAGAACUGGAAGCUCAAAAGAAACGAGUACAAGAAAUGGCUGAAGAUAGGAAAGUUCUUGAAUCGAAAGCUUCGGUCGCUGAUGAAAUCAGUACUUUGAUGAGUUCUCUGAACUCAUUGAGAGAAGAAAACAGGCAGUAUGAAGAGGAAGUUCGGUCACUUCAAACUGAUAUUCGAACUCUUCAAGAUGAGGUUUAUCAGCAACAAGAUGCGGUGUCGGACUGGAAGAAUAGAGCUGAAAAGGCAGAAGACGAUUUGGAGAAGCAGAGUCAUCGAGUGAGGGAUGUUGAGUCGUCUCGUGAUGCUGAAAUUACAAGAUUAGAAAAUGAGAAGAGGCAGUUGGAAGAGCAGUUGGAAAAGGCUGAGCAAGAACAAGGCCAGGCCUCGAGAGAAGCUUCGGAGUCAGUCCGGAAUAUGAAGAGAGAAAUGACUGAGGCAUCGAUAAACUCGGAUCGUCAGAUCCAAACGUUGAAAGAGAAAACCGAUAGUUUGACGAGAGAGUUAGAGUCAUCGAGGAGGAGAAUGGAACAGCUGCAGGAAGAUCAAACUAAGUUUGUUGGAUCUCAUGAUGAAAUCAAGACUCAAAUGAUGAAGGACUUGCAUGAGGCCCAGGAAGGAAUGGAGAAAUUGAAUAUCGAAAUUGGACAGCUGAAGGCAAAGAAUGAAACACUCCAAAGUGAAUUAGAAGAGUCCGAACAUCUAUCUGGACGACUGAAAACUCAAUUGGAGCAAGCUGAAAAGAAGAUUGAAGACACUAAAUCACAACUCCAUGCAGCUGAAGACCUUGCUGAUCGUCUUCAAGAAGCACAAAUUCUCAGUGGGAAUGUUGAAUCAAAGUUCUCGGAUCUUCAAAAGGAAAACAAGAUUGAAAUGGAACAGAUAAUCGAGAAUCAUAAGAAGGAAGUGGAGAAAUUGAAGGAGGAACUGAAGAAGAGCCACACGGAACACACUUCCUUGGAAUCUGUACUGGAAGAACAACAGAAAGAACUGUUCCAGCUGCAGAAUCAAUUACAAGAUGAGAAGGAGCAGAGUUCAAGUUUUGUUGCUUUAAAUCAACGAUUGGAGAAGUCUGAAAAAGAGAAAGAAAGUUUGGAGGAGAGACUGAAAGAGCACGUUUCCAAGAGUUCUGAUACUUCGAAAUCAAUUUAUGAUCUGGAAGAGAAACUGUCGGAAUUGGUGAAAACAAAUGAUUUGUUGGUGAAAGACGUUGAAAAACUGUCAAGUUCAUUGGAGUCCAAAACUCAACAACUCAAAGAAGCAGAAGCUGAAAAGAAGACAGCUCUUGAAGCAAUUGAAGAGUUGAAAUAUGCAACACCUGCGGAGAAUCCGGAGAUCGAGGAGUUGACCUCUGAAAACGCUCGUCUUGCUGGAGAGCUUCUGAAGUUCCACAGUGCCGCUGAGAAAUCGUUGCAAUUGGAAAAAGAGAAGAUUUCCAAGCAGUUUGAGGAGAGAUUGAAAACAGUAACUCUUGAGAAAACUCAACUCGCCUCCGAGCUACAAAUGGCUGAAUCCAAGAGAAGUAGCCUCGAAAACCAGAUGGAUGACUUGCGUACUCAAGUGGAAACUGCUGAAAGGAGACGUCGUGUCGAUAUUCAUCAGUUGGAAUCGCUGAGAGAGGAGUUGGAUCAAGUGAAGAAUGACAAUGAAAAAUUAAAAUCCUCUACCCCUGUUGCUCCACCCCGUUCCAACACCAGAACGAUCUCCAACAUGUCAGCCAUGACCAACUGGACUCAAGCAGAUUUCAGUGAUUGUGAAGAUUUGACGAGACUUCGUACGGAAAUUGACAAACAAAAGCGGUUGAUCAUUGUUCUCCGACGAAAACUUCAAGGACUCCAGCAAUGA